CAGACUUCAGCAUAGCAGCAGUUUGAUUUGAUGAAUUAAUUGCUUUCAAUUAUUACUUUAUUAAUUUGGUGUUGUACUUGCUGCGACUUGUGUGCCACUUACAAAAUUCUACAGUAGUUCCUUUCGCCGUAACAGGUUUGUGAGAAAUAACUGACGAUAGUGCUUGAACUUUGACAUUGAUGUAAGACAUUAUUUUAUGAGCACUGUCUCUUUAACUCCAUUCGAUAGUAGUCUUAUGAAGAACAUUGAACUUACCGGUCCUAUACAAGCAUGGUUAUUUUAAGAUUUUUUGCGUCUGAAGCCUUUAGUGCUCAUAAAACAAAAGAGAUAUUGCAGAAGUUGCAAAACAUUGAUACGGACAUAUCAGGGCUGUCAACAGAACUUUGUUACCAUGUGGAGUUGGCCGAUGGGUGUGAUUAUUUGAAUAUCAAUCAAAUUAAGAUCUUACAGUGGCUUCUGAGUUCACCUUUACAGCCUCACGCCUUGUAUAAUGAAUCAAUCUACAAGAUUGUCAGAGAUAAUCAGAUUAUUGUUGAAAUUGGACCCAGGUUCAAUUUCUCAACAGCUGACUCUAGUAAUUCGGUCCAAAUAUGUGAAAGUGUUGGAUUACGUGACAUUGUUCGUCUUGAGGUAUCUACCAGAUAUCUUAUUUCAUUCAAUAAAGCUAAAAAUGUGUCUAACAAGUUGUUUGAAGAUUUGGCUGCGCCUUUACACGAUCGGAUGACCCAAUGCAUUUAUACUAGUAAGAACUUGCCGAGAAAGAGUUUCAAUGAAGGAUUGCCCAAAGAUCUGGAGGCUUGGUUUGUGGUGCCAUUACAAAAAGAGGGUAGGGCUGCUAUGGAACAUGUCAAUCAAAAGUUAGGAUUGGCAUUUGACUCCUGGGAUAUGGACUUCUACAUGGAUCUGUUCGUAAACAAAUUGAAACGUGACCCUACCAGCGUUGAGUUAUUUGACCUUGCUCAGAGUAACAGCGAGCAUUCGCGACAUUGGUUCUUCAAGGGCAAGAUAAUAUUGGAUGGCAAAGAAAUAGACCAAUCACUUAUUGAUAUGGUAGCAUCAACCCAAGAAACUUCUAACAAUAAUAAUGUAAUUAAAUUCGGGGAUAACAGCAGUGCCAUAAAAGGUUUCAAGCAUACGAAAAUUCGCCCAACCAACGUAAGGGCCCCAUCUCAAGUGAUUUCAGAGGAGGUUUUGUCUGAUAUAAUUUUCACGGCUGAGACCCAUAAUAUGCCCACCGCAGUGGCCCCAUUCAGUGGGGCUACUACUGGUACAGGGGGGCGAAUUAGGGAUGUUCAGGGCGUAGGUAGGGGUGGCCAUACUGUAGCAGGGACAGCCGGGUACAGUGUGGGCAAUUUGCACAUCCCAGGAUAUGAAUUGCCAUGGGAGGAGAAAGGAUGGGAAUAUCCCAGCAACUUUGCCAGUCCGUUACAAAUAAUAAUUGACGCUAGCAACGGUGCAUCUGACUAUGGAAAUAAGUUUGGCGAACCUGUGAUUACAGGAUUCGUCCAAUCGUAUGGUUUGAAGAACGCCGAUAAUGUAAGAGAGGAGUUCGUGAAACCAAUCAUGUUCAGUGGCGGUAUUGGUUACAUGCCCCAUACUAUGAUUAAGAAGAAUAAACCAGAAAAAGGAAUGUUGCUGGUGAAAGUAGGAGGCCCAGUCUACCGUAUCGGAGUUGGUGGUGGAGCCGCUUCCUCAGUGGCCGUUCAGGGUGGUGAUUCAAGAGACCACGCUUUGGACUUUGGUGCUGUGCAAAGAGGUGAUGCUGAAAUGGGAAAUCGCCUCAAUCGAGUGGUCAGAGGAUGUUUGGAAUCUGACAUCAAUCCUGUAGAAUCGAUCCACGACCAAGGCGCCGGUGGCAAUGGAAACGUCCUCAAAGAGUUGGUAGAGCCUGAAGGUGCGGUGGUCUUCACUAAGGAAUUCCAACUUGGAGACCCGACCAUAACUACUCUUGAACUUUGGGGCGCAGAAUAUCAAGAAAAUGAUGCUUUGUUGUGUAGUAAAGCUAACAGGCACGUACUAGAAGAAAUUUGUCGACGUGAAAGGUGCCCUGUGUCGUUCGUUGGAGAAGUCACUGGCGAUGGUUUCAUGAGCUUAGUUGAGGAUUCAUUCACUGAUAAAUACUUGGACAGAGCCACUAGACUGAAGCCAGAAUCAAGCUCCAAAGUUCCCUAUGACUUGCACUUGGAGGCAGUUUUAGGAAACAUGCCAAGAAAAACGUUUGAUUUGAAAAAGGAGAAGAGAACGAAACUGCCCCUGUCUUUGCCUAACGAUGUCACAGUUAAGAGCGCCCUCGACAGAGUUCUGAGACUCGUGAAUGUGGCUAGCAAGAGAUAUUUAACUAAUAAGGUGGACCGCUGCGUCACAGGACUUGUAGCGCAACAGCAAUGCGUUGGGCCCCUACACACUCCAUUAGCCGACUGCGCCAUCAUAGCUCUGUCUUACAACGAGCUGGUGGGAUCAGCUACUUCAAUCGGCACCCAGAACAUUAAGGGCCUAUUAGACCCUGCUGCGGGAGCGAGAAUGUCCCUUGGUGAAGCUUUGACUAAUUUGGUGUUUGCCGGCAUAUCAGAGUUAGAAGAUGUCAAAUGCUCAGGCAACUGGAUGUGGGGUGGCAAAACUGGCGUCGAAGGCGGGACUUUGGUGGUGGCCUGCGACGCCGUCUGCGCCGCUAUGAGGAAGCUCGGAGUGGCCAUCGAUGGAGGAAAAGACUCGCUGUCGAUGUGUGCCUUUGUUGCGGGACAGAAAGUGAAAUCACCCGGUACUUUAGUGGUUUCAACUUACGCGCCCUGCCCGGACAUCACGGUGAAAGUUGAGCCCGCGCUCAGAGCUGAAGGCUCUGCGUUGGUCCAUGUUCCAGCUACACCAGGAAAAUACAGACUUGGCGGUUCUUCGCUGGCGCAAUGUUACAAACAGCUUGGAGACAACCCACCAGACCUAGACGACCCAUUGGUUCUGAAGUCACUCUUCAAGGUUACACAAAAACUAUUGAAAGAAAAGAAAUUGCUGUCUGGUCACGACAUCAGCGAAGGCGGUUUUAUAACCACAGUCUUAGAGAUGGGUAUUGGAGGUGUUCGCGGGUUGAACAUUGAUUUGAAAAUUGAGAGUAACGUGUCGGCUAUUGAGGCGUUGUUCAACGAGGAACUGGGCAUCGUGGUCGAAGUGGCUCAGGCAGACUUGGCUUAUGUACUCAGCGAGUAUAAUAAGAAUGGAGUGAAGGCUAAACAUAUUGGUAGCACGGGACAGUAUGGAAUGAAGUCUAAGGUCAGUGUUAACGUAAACGGCGUUCAAGUACUGAACACGGAAUUGAUCGAUGUAUUUAGGAUGUGGGAAGAAACCAGCUAUCAGUUGGAGUGUUUGCAAGCUAACUCUGACUGCAUCAAUGAAGAAUGGAAAGGUCUUGAGAAACGUAAAGGUGCGACAUACAACGUCACAUUCGAUCCUUCUGCAGCGAUAUUGAAAACCAAAUCUGUUAAAGUGGCUGUACUGCGUGAAGAAGGAACAAACGGCGAUCGUGAGAUGAUUGCGUCACUGAUGAUGGCGAACUUUGAUGUGUUUGACGUCACGAUGAGCGACCUUCAAAACAAGAAGAUAACCCUGGAUGCCUUCCAAGGACUCGUCUUCCCCGGUGGAUUCAGCUAUGCAGAUACAUUGGGGUCUGCUAAAGGUUGGGCGGCAGGUAUCCUAUUUUCUGAGUCGCUGAGCGCACAGUUCGCUCACUUCAAAAACCGAAGUGACACUUUCUCGCUGGGCGUCUGCAAUGGCUGCCAGUUGAUGGCCCUUCUAGGCUGGAUAGACCCACAACAGCCGCGUAGAAACCAAGAGAAGGCUCAGAUAUUCCUGGAUCACAAUAGCUCGGAAAGAUUCGAAUGUCGUUGGAGCGCAGUAAAGAUCACCGAAGACCGCAAGCAAGACGUAUGGUUCCGCGGAAUGGGCGGCAGUGUGUUAGGAGUGUGGGUGGCCCACGGGGAAGGCCGGUUCACAUUCGCUGACGAACUGGUGAUGGACAAAGUCAAGAGGAACGGACAGGUCGCCAUGCAGUAUGUGGAUGAUGAUGGAGCGCCUACUGAGGUGUACCCGAUGAACCCUAAUGGAAGUCCAAUGGGCAUCGCCGGAGUGCGUUCCCCCGACGGGCGCCACAUCGCCAUGAUGCCGCACCCCGAGCGCUGCGUGCUGCGCUGGCAGGGCGCCGCCCCCGCCCCCGCCGCGUCCGCCCCCGCCCGCGCCUCCAGCCAGGCGUCACCGUGGGUCAGACUGUUCCAGAACGCGUACACCUGGUCUACCAGCCAAUAAAUUAAUCGCUAUAAUUUGUAACUGAAUGAUAGGUAUUCUGACACACAACUGUGGGUCUAGACAAAGUGCACUUUUUGAUCGAAUCGAAAAUCGAAUCCGUCAAAACUCCAUACAAAAAAAAGGCUUUUCGACUGGUUUGCGAUUAAAAUGUGCACUUUGUCUAGACCCACUGGGUAGUUGACACCAAUGACACGUAUAAGUGUAAUUUUUGAUGGGUGACGUCUCGCUUCCUAUCUUAUACCUCGAAUAUAUCAACUGUAUGGUUUGUGUCGCCAUGAUGCCGCACCCCGAGCGCUGCGUGCUGCGCUGGCAGGCCGCCGCCCCCGCCCGCCCCUCCAGCCAGGCGUCACCGUGGGUCAGACUGUUCCAGAACGCGUAUACUUGGUCAACGAAUCAAUAAAUCAUGUAUUACUUAUUGUAUGAUAGGCUUUUGACAACACCACAACUAAUGACGCGUCAAAGUGUAAUUUUGGGUGGUUCUCGCUUCCUAUUUUAUGUUUCAAAUAAAUCGACUGUUUAACGUACUGGCUAGCAGUGCCCGGCCCCUACCCGCCCCUCCAGCCAGGCGUCACCGUGGGUCAGACUGUUCCAGAACGCGUACACAUGGUCUACCAGCCAAUAAAUUAAUCGCUGUAAUUUGUAAUGGAAUGAUAGGCAUUCAGACACACAACUGGGUAGUUGACACUAAUGACGCGUAAAAGUGUAUUUUUUGAUGGGUGACGUCUCGCUUCCUAUCUUAUACCUCGAAUAUAUCAAUGUUGUGUGCUGCGCUGGCAGGGCGCCGCCCCCGCCCCCGCUGCGUCUGCCCCCGCCCGCGCCUCCAGCCAGGCGUCUCCGUGGAUCAGACUGUUCCAGAACGCGUACACCUGGUCUACCAGCCAAUAAACCAUGUAUUACAUGUAUUAUUGUAUGAUAGGCAUUUUGACAACACCACAACUAUUGACGCGUAAAAGUGUAAUUUUGGGUGGUUCUCGCUUCCUAUUUUAUGUUUUAAAUAAAUCGACUGUUUAACGUACUGGCUAGCAGUGCCCGGCCCCUACCCGCCCCUCCAGCCAGGCGUUACCUCGGAUCAGACUGUUCCAGAACGCGUACACCUGGUCUACCAGCCAAUAAAUUAAUCGCUAUAUUGUAACGGAAUGAUAAGUAUUCUGACACACAACUGGGUAGUUCACACCAAUGACGCGUAUAAGUGUAAUUUUUUAUGGGUGACGUCUCGCUUCCUAUCUUAUACCUCGAAUAUAUCAACUGUAUGGCUUGUGAUUCGCCAUGAUGCCGCACCCCGAGCGCUGCGUGCUGCGCUGGCAGGGCGCCGCCCCCGCCCCCGCCGCGCCCGCCCCCGCCCGCGCCUCCAGCCAGGCGUCUCCGUGGGUCAGACUGUUCCAGAACGCGUAUACUUGGUCAACGAAUCAAUAAAUCAUGUAUUAUUGUAAAAACGAUAGGCAUUUUGACACCACCACAAAUGGAUAGUUGACACCAAUGACGCGUAAAAGUGUAUUUUUUGAUGGGUGACGUCUUGCUUCCUAUCUUAUAUAUAUCAAUGUUGCGUGCUGCGCUGGCAGUGUGCCGGCCCCGCCCCCGCCCGCGCCUCCAGCCAGGCGUCUCCGUGGGUCAGACUGUUCCAGAACGCGUAUACUUGGUCAACGAAUCAAUAAAUCAUGUAUUACAUGUAUUAUUGUAUGAUAGGCUUUUGACAACACCACAACUAAUGACGCGUAAUAGUGUAAUUUUGGGUGGUUCUCGCUUCCUAUUUUAUGUUUCAAAUAAAUCGACUGUUUAACGUACUGGCUAGCAGUGACCGGCCCCUGCCCGCCCCUCCAGCCAGGCGUCUCCGUGGGUCAGACUGUUCCAGAACGCGUAUACUUGGUCAACGAACCAAUAAAUCAUGUAUUAUUGUAAAAACGAUAGGCAUUCUGACACCACCACAACUGGAUAGUUGACACCAAUGACGCGUAAAAGUGUAUUUUUUGAUGGGUGACGUCUCGCUUCCUAUCUUAUACCUCGAAUAUAUCAACUGUAUGGCUUGUGCAUCGCCAUGAUGCCGCACUCCGAGCGCCGCCCCCGCCCUCGCCGCGCCUGCCCCCGCCCGCGCCUCCAGCCAGGCGUCUCCGUGGGUCAGACUGUUCCAGAACGCGUACACCUGGUCUGCCAGCCAAUAAACCAUGUAUUACAUGUAUUAUUGUAUGAUAGGCUUUUGACAACACCACAACUAAUGACGCGUAAAAGUGUAAUUUUGGGUGGUUCUCGCUUCCUAUUUUAUGUUUCAAAUAAAUCGACUGUUUAACGUACUGGCUAGCAGUGCCCGGCCCCUACCUGCCCCUCCAGCCAGGCGUCACCGUGGAUCAGACUGUUCCAGAACGCGUACACCUGGUCUACAAGCCAAUAAAUAAAUCGCUGUAAUUUGUAACUGAAUGAUAGGUAUUCUGACACCACCACAACUGGAUAGUUGAAACCAGUGACGCGUAAAAGUGUAUUUUUUGAUGGGUGACGUCUCGCUUCCUAUCUUAUACCUCGAAUAUAUCAAUGCUGCGUGCUGCGCUGGCAGUGCGCCACCCCCGCCCCCGCCGCGCCGCCCCCGCCCGCGCCUCCAGCCAGGCGUCUCCGUGGGUCAGACUGUUCCAGAACGCGUAUACUUGGUCUACCAGCCAAUAAACCAUGUAUUACAUAUAUUAUUGUAUGAUAGGCUUUUGACAACACCACAACUAUUGACGCGUCAUAGUGUAAUUUUGGGCGGUUCUUGCUUCCUAUUUUAUGUUUCAAAUAAAUCGACUGUUUAACGUACUGGCUAGCAGUGCCCGGCCCCUGCCCGCCCCUCCAGCCAGGCGUCUCCGUGGGUCAGACUGUUCCAGAACGCGUAUACCUGGUCAACGAAUCAAUAAACCAUGUAUUACAUAUAUUAUUGUAUGACAGGCAUUUGACAACGCCCCAACUAAUGACGCGUCAUAGUGUAAUUUUGGGUGGUUUUCGCUUCCUAUUUUAUGUUUCAAAUAAAUCCACUGUUUAACCUACUGGCUAGCAGUGCCCGGCCCCUACGCGACCCUCCAGCCAGGCGUCACCGUGGGUCAGACUGUUCCAGAACGCGUAUACUUGGUCAACGAAUCAAUAAAUUGUUCCAGAACGCGAUAGGCAUUUUGACACCACCGCAGUUGGGUAGUUGAUACCAAUAACGCGUAAAAGUGUAAUUAUUUGGUAGUUGUUGUCUCACUACCUAUUUAUUUUAUUUUAUUUUUUGCCUCGAAUAAGGACGGAUAUAGACUGUUUAACCGUUUGGAUCGAUUAUUCUGAAUCUCGCCGUUUUAUAUUAUCAUUUAGAACUGGCUAAAAACUUGAUAUGACUGAAAUUUAGAGGGACCAAAAUAAUUAUUUUGUACGGUAUACUUAGCAUACUUUCUUAAGUUAAUUUUUAUCAAAAGAUGUUGAUUAUAAUCAUGUCUUUAGUUUUACAAUCGUUGUAUGAUUUGAUGUUUACUAUAAAAAUAUUUUUGUUUUGUAUACGUUGUUGUGUUGAGUUUAUAAGAACUGGAAAUGGUUAUGUAAGGUUAUUAUGAAUUAAAAUGUGCCAAGUUAAACCUAGUAUUAAGAAAAAAUAGGAGAUCUUUUAUUACUGUUGUGCGUUGUAUUUUUUAAAUUUUGAUAAAAAAAAAUAUAUCUGAUAUUUGUCUGUAUUCUUCUAAAGAACAAUUUGUCAAAUUCCUACGUUUAAGGUUCAUGAUAUUUAAUAUUCAUUUUGCAUUUUUACUGUAUCUGUGAUGGAUAAGUUGCCUUUACCAGUGAGAUGUCUUCCAUAAAACAUUCCUUAAGUUCCAACAAAUUUUUGAGGCGCUAUUUUAUGCAUUUUAAAUCAUAGUUCGAGUAAAGAUAAAUAUUUUUAUUAUUAAGUGAGUUUUUCAAUAAAACUUGAUGUUUUAUAUUA